AUGGAUACCUCCUCCGUCCCUCUGCUCAACUACGGCCUGCAGUACCAGUGGAGCUCCGACUCGGACCUCUCUAGCAUCUCUUCUCCAGAAACCCUCUCCCCUGUCCCCUCUAUGGACUCCAGCCUCUCUCCCUCCUACCAGCAGCUGCCACAGUCCACUCCUAAGGCAGCUAAGAGCGGAUAUUGCCAGAGCCUCAAAUCCUCACCCUGCUCCCUGUCUGGACGUGGCCGGAAGACGGGCCGAGCCACCCGGAUCCGCAGCAAGCAGAGGGAGAGCGCCAGCGAGAAGGAAAAGCUGAGGAUGAGGGAUCUGACCAAGGCUCUGCAUCACCUCCGUUCCUACCUCCCGCCCUCGGUGGCCCCCGCCGGACAGACUCUGACAAAGAUAGAGACCCUCCGCCUCACCAUCCGCUACAUCUCCUACCUGUCGGCCCAGCUGGGCCUCAGCGAGGAGGUGCUGUUUCAGAGGAGGGAACAGGGAGACACCUCGGCCAGUGACGCCUCCUCACCUGACAUCCUCAGCUACUUCCAGCACGGCUCCAUGGGAGGCCAGGGGGCCCAGCUGCAGAACCAGAGCCUGAACCAGGACCUAUACUCAGCCCAGUGCCACAGCCAGAACACCAUGCUGCAUUCUGGGAGCUGUAGUUUUGGAAUGGAUCAGUACAAUGAAGCUCCGCAGAGAGACAUGAGCAUGGACACCUCCCUGCAGUCACCUCCACAGCCCUCCUGUCAGAUGUGUGGCACAGACUUCUGCAUGCCGCUGGUUCCCAGAGAGUAUUGGGGUUAA